AUGUCGGCCUGGUACUCCAACAUCCUCACCACAACCACCUCCCGCAUCAACAACCUCCAGCGCACCUUUCUCGGCGGUGAGACGGACGGCGACACCGAGGACGACACCCAUGUCUGUCGCGUGCUGAGAGGAUACUACACAGAGAAGGGCCGCCCCUUUCCCGGUUGGCUCCCGCCGGACCCCAAGGCCCCUCCGCCUGUCCAGCCCGUCCUCGCCCAGCCGGGCGUCGGGUCGCGGUACGGCGGGCUCACCCAGCAGGGCGGCGGCGGCGGCGGCGGAGGCGGAGGCGGCCUGAGUUCGCUGUGGGACAACAACCCCGUGUCACAACCCCAGGACCCCCAGAGCCUACGGAGAGGGAGAGGCGCACCGCCGCCUAUGCGCUCGUCGGACCCGAGGCUGAACCCGUUGAACCCAUUCAACCGCAACUCGGACGGCGGCAACGGCCGAGACGACAUCCAAUCCAGACCGCUGCCCAGCCAACGGGCGGGAAGCUAUCAAAGUGCCAACCUGGCGCAAACGCCGACACCACCAGCAAGUUCGGCCGGCGGCGGCGGCGGUACGGCGCAGGAGAGGUUACGGCAAAGACUCUGGGGCGGCUCCAGGACGGCCAGCCCGGCGGCCAACAGCCCCUUUCCACCACCGCAGCAGGCUAGCUCGAGAGGCGGCGGAAGCACGGAUGACUACGAAGGCCGCUUUGCACCAGGCGGCAUGUAUGACGGCGGGUCGGGCAGCAGGGGAGGGGACAAACCGUUCGUGGCGGCCAACUCGCCAUGGGCCAGCAACGAGCAAGAUUUCUACGGCGGUGGAGGAGGAGGAGGAGGAGGCGGUGGCAGCAGCAGACCCGGAGGCCUACCAGGAAGUAAUAGGAGGGCGGGCUUGCCCAGCGGCCCCCGUAUGAGAUGA